ACAGAUGUGUGUGGGAAAUUUGAACAUUGAUUAAAUACUUUGAUGUGUAGCAAAUAAGUUUUUCGUGGAUGAUAGUGUUUUUGUAUGCUAUAUUGACUAGGACAGUGUUAAUCUUCAGAAAUACAGUGCUGUCAAUGCUGUAAUUUUGUUUUGAAAUUCACAAUAUAUGUCCAAAUGUGCUUUCAAAGAAGGAGAAAUUGUACCGGGUCGACACCAUAAUUUUUUGCCUUAAAUCGAAAAUGAGUUUUGAUUCGCCCUUUUCCAGUCAAGAUCUGAGUGAAUUGGAGCUUUUAGACGGUGCAUACUCUCAAGAAGAUUUAAGAUAUAUUGACUCAAUUGAAAGUGCUUAUUUCGAAAAAGGAGAAAACGAUCAAACUGAAAAUCAAACUCGGACUUCAGACGAGAAUGAAAAUAUCCAACAGAAUAACAGAGGGUUUUUAGAAACAACAAAUGAUAUAUCUGGCUCGGGCUUUGUAGAAAAUACUAUUAACAGCUACAUGUUAACAAACGAUGAGGAAACUGCAAUUAGCGCAGUACUUACAGUCGAAAUCGAUGCAGAAACUUUGCAAACAGAAACUACGAAAUAUGCUGACAAUGAGACUAGGAAACGUAAACUGACUGCGGAUACCAGUGAUGAAUCAAACGAAGCAGCAAAGGCAAAACAACGUUUAGUGCAUUACAAAAUUGCAGAAGAAACCGAUGAAGUAAACGUUGACGUGAACUCUUCAUCAUCGUCUUUGACUCGAAUAAGUAGCGUAGGAUAUCCGUUAACGAAAAGCAAAGAUGACACUUUGUCUAAAAGCAUGCUAGAUAGUUUAUCAGUACAGAUGGAAUCUGUUGGUAUAUUAAUAGCUCCACCACGGGUUAUGGGAACUGUCUUUAGAGUGGGAAGCAAGUAUCUCAUGACGGCCCAACAUGUAGUUGAAGAAAUCGUUGAUCCGGACGGUUUCAUAAGGGAGGAUUCGAUAUACGUCACUUUCAACGAGUCUGUGCUUGAUCCAAAAAGGCAAGUCUAUAAUCUAGAGAAAGUCAUCUAUAGGAAUUAUGAUCUAGACGUUGCUAUAUUAGAAUUAUCAACUUCAGACAGCGUCCUUCCUUCGAAAAUGCACCUCAGCAAAGAUGAUGUCACCACACUUUGUAUAAAGGAGGUCUCCUUCAUAGGAUUCGGCCAUCCAGAGGAAUCUAACGUCAAACAUCUAGAUCCGAGAUGCAGACUGAUUUCUGCUCAAUCUCAAAGGUUUUUAGAAGCUCAUACAUGGCUUGACCAAAACAUAACAUAUAUAAAAAAUGCUGUAAGUAAAAUGGGUCAAGAUCCGGCAAUAGUCAAUAAAGGUUAUGGUUUUUACGCUGACAAUAAUAAAAUUAUUUUUGAUGGUUACAUGCAACAAGGAGCCUCUGGUUCUCCGGCUUUGACCCAUAACAAUCGUGGGCAGGUGAAAGUUGUUGGUAUCCUCACCCAUGGGUUGCCUGAAUUUUAUUUCCUUAUGCCAAAACUAACACAACAUAUUGUGAAAAAUGAAUAUAGAUUUGAAGUAGCUUCCAAAAUGAGUAGUAUAUAUAGCAGUAUUCUAAACGAAAAUAAGGAUUUAGCAAACGAUCUAUUUGAGUAGCCAACCAAGCGUACAUUUGCCGAAAUUUCUAACACUGAUAGCAUAUUAAAAUAAAUCUUACUUCAAUAGCAUUCGCAUGUAAACGGUCAAAAGAACAAUGAACCCGGUUUCGAAUCUAGGUCUGGCUGCAAAUUUUUUUACACGCCCUGUGACAUCAUUGAACGAGCGACAGACCGGGCUGAUAUUUUGAAUAGAAAAAGAUAACAUUAGUCAAAUUCCUCUUCAAACCAGGGCUAAAGCGAUAUAGACUUUGGAAGACUGUACACCAUAUGAGGUGGGCUUAUUUUGAUUGCAUUUAAAGUGUGUGACAAAAGACUAAACAACACUUCGGUUUAUUAGGAACAAUAUAUGCAAUCUAUCUGCACAUGUAGAUUUUUUUUAUUUCUUUUCAGUGUUUCAUCAAAGCAGCAAUAUCUUCCUAUUGUAUUGAAUAGAGCAUUCUUUUUUUCCAUUUCUUCUAACAAUGCUUGAUAGUAAAUAAAACACACGCUUUAUUUAGUGAAAUAUAUAAAGCUAUUUAUAUUUAUAAUUGCAAUACCACUACUUGUUAUUAUCACGUUACAUCAAAUGCUAAGACUACCCUGGAGGAAAAGUUGGGUGGCGUUUCGUUUUUUCCGCGCAAUACCACUUACCGGUAGUUAAAUUCCUUCCGCUUAUUGAUAAAUAGCACAGAAUUCCAGUUUGCAAAUUUUAGAGAAGUUUUUUGGCCGGGUUUUCGAAGAAAAUCCGGCUUGUAGAUUAGGUCUGUCCGGGCGGAUGGGCGGAAUAACGUGUCUCAUGUUAACCUUUUUGUUCAUUCAAUAUCUGGACAAGUAUUUCAUCUAGAACAUUGAAACUUCAUAAGUAUGUUGGUCUUGAUGUGUAUAUGAUCUCUAUUGAUUUCAAGAUCACUGAAUUAAAGGUCAAGGCCACAGUGGCCUGAACAUUUGAAAAUGGUUUAUGCACGAUAUCUGUUCAAGUAUUUCACCUAGGACCUUGAAACUUCAUAGAUAUGUUGGUCUUAUUGUGUACUUGAUUUCAGGAUCACUGGGUCAAAGGUCAAGGUCACAGGGACCUGAACAUGUUAACCUUUUUGUUCACUAAAUAUCUGGACAAGUAUUUCACCUAGGACCUUGAAACUUCAUACAUAUGUUGGUCUUGAUGUGUAUAUGACCCCUAUUGAUUUCAGAGUCACUGGAUCAAAGGUCAAGGUCACUAGGACCUGAACAUUGAAAAUGGUUUCUGCUCAAUAUCUGGACAAGUAUUUCACCUAGGACCUUAAAACUUCAUAAGUAUGUUGGUCUUGUGUGUAUAUGACCCAAAUCUAUUUCAGUGUCACUGAGUCAAAGGUCAAGGUCACAGGGACCUGAACAUGUUAACCGUUUUGUUCACUCAAUAUCUGGACAGGUAUUUCACCUUGGACCUUGAAACUUCAUACGUAUGUUGGUCUUGAUAUGUUCAUGACCCCUAUUGAUUUUGGGGUCACUGGGUCAAAGGUCAAGGUCAAACAUUGAAAAUGGUCUUCGCUCAAUAUCUGGACAAGUAUUUCACCUAAGACAUUGAAACUUCACAGUUAUGUUGCUCUUGAUGUGUACCUGACCCAAUUUAUUUCAGGGUCAAAGGUCAAGGUCACAGGGAUAUAAACAUUGAAAAUGUUGGUUUUUGUUACUUUUAUUUUUUUACACCAAUUUUUUCUUUAAUUUCAUUUUCUACCUGUCAAUUUUCCUUCAAUAUUGCUUAUUAAUUUGGGGAUUAUUUAUUGUAUUCUAUUAUUAGAACUUUAAUUCAUUAUCACCUAAUUCGGAAAACCCGGCCAAAACGCCGUCAGGCGUAAGCUGCGUGUUUCUAUUUCAUUUUUUUUUUCUUGUCUCCACUAUCCAUCCCACCACCCUCCAGGGUCAUUCUUAUUCAUAUGAUAUUGUUUUACCUAUUUGAUGUAUGGACUUUUUGCCGUCCAACUGUCUGUCAUCAAUAUACAUUUUUCAGUAUUAUGUUCUAGUCUUUUAGUUUCUAGUCUUUUAAAUAUAUUAAUUCACUUAUUUGUUUCAAAUAAAUCCAUCUGGCAUUUUUUCGUGCAAAACAUUUUUCAAUCCAUAUUUUAGUUGAUUAUGUUACUUCCCUUUCAUGGUAAGGCAUGGAGGCGCAAAUAUAAAAUGGUUUGGAUCUUGGUGUAGAACUUGAAAAUGACGUUUUUAACUUAUGUAAAUAAUGUCUAGCAUUAUUUAAUCAGUGUCUUUGGUCUUUGUUGUGUUAAAUAUAUUACGAGAAACAGAUGUUUAUUGAUUCGAUCUCCUUAUUCUCGAAGUUGAUCUUUUCAAUUUUUUUCUGAAGUUAGGGCAAGUGCUUCUUUUUCAAGACAGUAUUAUGACCAAAUUUUAGUUUUAACUAGUAUCUAAUUUUAAAGCAUCUGUUCCUGGGAUUUAGCAUGUAAAUACUUGUGUUUUUUGAACUUGACAUUAAUUUUACAGAAAAAAUAUCUCAGUAAUGAAUGAACUAUUUAGAUCAUAACUGAUUUUUGUUUUUGAAUUGUAAGCCACAUCAACACAAUAUUAGGUCGUAUGUCAGACUUUCCUGCUUGUGAGGCUGGCGAAAGACCCAGGUGCCUCCUGGACAUUAUUUCAGGCAUGGACGCUCUCCUUUAUAGAACCACUGACCUUCCAUAAACCUUCACAUGAACGAAUCCUACAUUACGAGCGAGGUGUUCAAAACCUCAUAAAAAACGGUGAUUGGUGAGUAAUUCGAAGCAAGCGGCCUGAACCAAUCAGCUACGGAGGUCCCCACAUAAUAACUGCAAACCAUGAUUAGCAGUGGUUUUAGUUUUUGUUAACGAUAUGUAAAAAGAUUUGCAUUGGUCUCAAUUAGCUAAAUUAAUGUAAAAUGAUACAUCUAAGACAAGAAAUAGGCAGGUAUGAAAGGCUAUGUGUGUAGCUACAUUGAUUGUCCUAUGUGUGUAGAAGAAGAAGAAGAAAAAGUAGAAAAACGUGUUAAUUUAAUUUGUUAGAAAAAUGGUUCCAUUAGAAAUAAUGUAUUAAGUAAAACACUACCUGUUUAUUAUCAGAGUGCGAUGUGAGCAUAGGACAAUAUUGACAUUACAAUCAUUUACAUCUUUACCUGCCUCCUUAUUUUCAGCAAUUGUGUCGACAGCUUAUACAAUAUUUUAGUACAGAAUUGAGUAAGUCAACAAGUUGUAAAUAGUUCUGUUCAUAAUUUAUGUUUGGGAGUUUCUUUAUACAGCAUAUCAAUGCAGUAUUUGCACUUCUUUUUAUAUAAUAUAUAUAAUUUGAGACCUAUGUUCUAAUCGAUUUACACUGACACUGAAACUGUUUUAUUUGUUUAAAUCAUUCUAUUUUAUUGCAAGAAUUAGACUUUAAUAAAGAAACAAAAUGCAUCAUUUCUUAAGUGUUGACAACUUUCCUCUACAAAAAUAGCAAACGGCAACCCUAACCAGACCAUAGAUUAAUUAUAGCACUACAAGUAGUUUAAGAGUUGGGCUAUUGGUUCUGAUUGUGCAAUUUCGCAAAACUAUCAAAUGGAAAGAGGGAAGAGUAAAUUACAUUGGAACCAAAAGAUAUUUGUAAACUUUUAUAGAUGAUAAUAAAAGUACAUAUCUGAUAGGGUUCUUGCUUUUGUAAGAAACAUUUUUGCUGUUACAGUAGACAUAUAAUGUGAAAAAUGUCAUAAACGUUUGUUUAUAUGCGAUCACCUUAAAGAGAAAUCGUGACAGAA